AUGUUUAUCAGGGUGCGGCCCGUUUUGCGAGGCCGACAAGUCAGUGCGGUGCGUCGUUUGGCGUCUAAAGUGGGGGACAACACGGCUGAUCCACAGAGGGGAAAGAUUGACCCCCCACUCAACGGCCCGUUGUCUGGAGAUGUGCCAUUGAUUAGACUGAAACUUGCAGAUGUCAGGAAACCGCACACUGUGCGCGAGCAAGAGACCAAUUCGGAGCAGGAACCACACGGGGCCGAGGAAACUGGCGAUGGAGGGUCCCCGAAGUCCAGAUCAGGCAAGUCGCGUGUCGUUUUCGCAGUGGUAGCAGCCGGUCUGGCCGGUGCGUACUAUUACACCACCACAAAUACAGCCACUGAAAACACCACAGACCUGCUCAGACCCGACCAGUUUGUUCCUUUCGUGGUCACGUACAAGCAGAAGUACGACGAGGACCACUAUCUGAUCGAACUCACCAGAAAACAGUACAAUCCAGCUCUGGCCAGCCCGCUUUUCGACGGUGCUGCCAUGUGGAGCGUCGAGAUCAAGCAACCCGACAUCAACAUCGUGCGCAACUACACGCCUCUGCCGUUGUACGUGGACGGAACGGACCCAGAAACCAAUCGGCCGCGACUGCGACUGCUAACCAGGACAGAAAACCACGGCCGGUUCUUGCUGCUGGUGAAACGGUACAACACCGGAGAGUUUUCGAGAUGGCUCACUAAUAGAAAGGUGUUUGAUGAGGUGCAACUUCGUGGGCCGUGCGUAGAGUACAAACUGCCACAGACGUUGCCGGAGACCGUUGCGUUCUACGGAGCAGGAACAGGCGUCUUACCUUUAUUACAGUUACUAUACACACCGGGAGCUGUCGUGCCGUUUGUGCACGCGUUUGUUUCGCUGCACAAACACACAGACCUGCCAAAAGAGCUGUUUUAUCUCAACUGGCUCGCGGAGCAGCGUCAGAAGGCGAAGUUUAGGUAUCUUAUUUCCGAAGCCGGCGAGCGACUGACUGCCAAACAGAUGGCGCAGCCAGCACCAUUCCAGCCGCUGGGAAGUGCUAGCACGGCUCCCCUGGUGGAGAACGAGGCCGUUCCAGACACCAAGGUGGAUAUUUUGCCGAAAAAGUCCAUCUGGGACAUUUUCAAAAGAACACCACGGGUCCACGCCUCGUUUGCGUUCGUGUGCGGUCCCGAGACGUACACGACGUUCGUCAGCGGACGGCCGAACCUGAACAACCUCGGACAAAUCGACACGGGGGCCAUUGGCGGAUUGCUGGCCCAGAACCAGUGGACCCUCGCCAACAUCAAACGCCUGCUCUAG